UGUAUCGUCGUUUUCUGAGGUCGAAGAGUGAGCUCAAAAUAACCACAAAUCUAGUUGUGAUGUGUCUGGUUGGAUUACCAUAAUGACGAAUGACGUUAACACGAAUUGAUAACGAAUAGCACGAAUGCUUCCGGCUUUGAGAAAGCCUUUAUCACAUUUCACAAUUGAACAGCUGUAAACAACUGACUCAUGAAUGUCCUAUUGACCGUUGCAUGAUUGCCUGUCGCCUACUUUGACGUUCAUUGAAAAAAAAACGUCCCAAAAAGAACAAUGACCCCCUAGCCCAGAUUGACAAUUUGCCGGUUGAUCCCGUUAUUUACGGAAACACGAAACUGAUGCUUCUUUCUUUACCAUAACAGAAAAGUGACUGGUAAACCACUUGAAACUUCGCGCCAACGCCACAGCAAAAAAAAAGGCGAGUGAAAGAGACCCAACGAAAACAAGUCUUGGCGCGGCCGGUGUGCGCGUCCCGUCCAGUAACCAUGACCUUGGGUACGUCAUCGUUCGGCCUACUUUCGGCCUUUUCCCUUCUGCUUUUGGCUGCUGAAACGCACGCGAUCGCAGCCACCUCGCCGGCUGCCGGCGAAAGUAACAGCAUCUUCGAUAACAUCAUCAGCCAGCUGAUCUCGACGGCGGCGACGGCCCAGAACUACCUGGACCUGGGAGCACAACAGGCCGAGGCGGCAACCAGUUCGAUUCUGCGAGACCAGACGACGUCUGCUUCGGCGACCGGUUUUGGUCCGUCUACGCCGACGGUGACGACUAGCACGACUACGACCACCGACAGUACACCGUUCUGGAAUCCGUUUACCUGGCUGAAACCGCGAGCCGUCUCCAUCCCGUACAAUCCGGACACCGACUUGAGCACGCCGGAAAUUGCCGUCCGCCACGGGUACGGCGCGGAAUCGCACACGUUGAAAACGGCCGACGGCUACCUGCUGACGUUGCACCGAAUUCCGUGCGGCAGAGCCGGAUGUUCGGGCGGCAAGGGAACGGGCCAGCCGGUAUUUUUGCAGCACGGUCUGCUGUCCAGUUCGGCGGAUUGGUUGCUCAGUGGUCCGGAACGGGCGCUGGCGUUUAUUUUGGCCGACGCCGGGUACGACGUUUGGCUGGGGAAUGCCCGCGGGAACACGUACUCGAGGAAGCACGUGUCCAUGAACAGCGACGAGACGGCGUUCUGGGACUUUAGCUGGCACGAGAUGGCGCUGUACGAUGUUCCGGCGGAAAUUGACUUUGUGUAUGCGAUGAGGGAGCUCGAACGGAACGAUACGAGGAAGAAUCUGCUCUACGUUGGCCACUCGAUGGGAACUACGAUGGCGUUUGUGCUGCUGGCCAGUCGACCGGAGUACAACGCGAAGAUUCAGGCGGUUUUUGCGAUGGCUCCUGUUGCCUUCAUGGGUCACGUGAAGAGUCCGAUUCGCCUGUUGGCGCCAUUUUCACACGACAUUGAGAUGAUCCUAAAAUUCUUCGGCGGCAACGAGUUCAUGCCGCAGAACAAGAUCAUUCGCUACCUCGCCAAAUACGGGUGCGAGCUGACCGAGGCGGAAAAGUACAUCUGCGAGAACACAGUCUUUGUGCUGUGUGGCUUCGACAAGGAGCAGUACAACGCCACCCUAAUGCCCGUCAUCUUUGGCCACACCCCGGCCGGGACAUCCACCAAAACCGUGGUCCACUACGCGCAAGAGAUCCACGAGUCGGGCAACUUUCAGCGCUUCGAUUACGGAGAGGCGGAAAACGAACGCCGCUACGGACAGGCCAAACCGCCCAGUUACGAGCUGGAGAACAUCUCGACCCCGAUUGCGCUGUUUUACGCCAGCAACGACUGGCUCGCCGGACCGAAGGACGUGGCCAACCUGUUCAACCGGCUGACGCGGACGGCGAUCGGAAUGUUCCAGGUGCCGAAUGUUAACUUUAACCACGUGGACUUGUGGGGCAAUGAUGCGCCGGAAGUGGUGUACAAGCAGCUGGUUAUGCUUAUGCAGCGGUACAAGUGAGGGGUGGGAGGAAGAUCACGGUGAUCACGUGGGUUGGCUCUCUGUCUUAAUGCUAGUGAAGGCAUUUUCCAAAUGAAAUGAACAAACGCUUUAAAUAUUGCUAUUUUAUGAAAAUAUAGGUAAAAUAUAUUGCUAG